AUGGAUAGGAAUGUUUUGGAGGCCUUAGGAAUACCGCUGGAUCUUUCCUUUGAGGGAGGGCUUAGCACAGAUGCCCAAGCUGAUGUGGUAAAGCGAAUAGAGGAGAAAACAUUCUUCCGUCUCAAGGAAGACAUGGAUGUGGAUGCAAUGAUAUCCGGGGUGGUAAGUGAUACAAGCUCGACAAUGGAUACAUUGAGAAAUACCUUGGGAAAGGGGAUGUUUGGAGAGAGAUUUAGGUUCCUGGAGAGGGUCUGUGUGAUUGUGUGUCCCGAAAGAAUCAGUGUUGAUGAGAUGUCCAACCACUGUGUGUCUAUUGAUGAGAUUAUGGGAGAAGAUAUAGGGAAGAUAUUCGGAAGGAUUAUGAGCCUUGAAGGAGAGGCGAGAGUCAGAAGGCAAGGGGGCCGGUGGAGUUUCAAAUCCUUUACAGACAUUUUCAAGAGCAAACCUGAAGAUGAUAAAAGUCUUGCAGACGGACUGUUUCUUAUGCAAAGGUACAAGGAGGCAUACAAGGUGUACUCAAGAUACAGGGGUGUUGGUGAGUUUUCACAGUAUUGCAUUGAAAUGUCUAUUUACUGCCUAGUUUUGUCGAAGAAGCCUAUUCCACUGAACUUCAUAAACUACCUUGAGAUGUUUGAGGCGGAGAGCAUACGGCUAGUCAGAAUGAUGAGUAUAAUCAUAGGCACAGAGAAUGUUGCAGCCCUGUAUGUCCUCUCUUUACUUGAUCCUAGGUCUCUGUUCAAAGCCUUUGCUCAGGAAAGCCUGGCCCAAGUCCUUGAUAGUAGAGAAUACUGUAGAAAGAAGGCAGAGCUAUUGUUCUGCUCUGCUUUAAGAUUCUACGAUGCAAAGCACAUGAGUAGGUCUGCAAGAUGCUGCGAAAACUUUCUUGGCCUUACAGACACCAUUCUAUCUGGGAUGGAUUUAUCCACUCUUGUAAGGAGUGGGUUAGUCUACUGCAACAAGCAUAUAAAAAGAGUCCUUAAGUCGAUAAAAGAAGAGACUGGGAUGGACUCCGAAGACAUUGAGAAAGAAGAUGAAGAGGUGGUGAUUGUGAAGAGAGAGCUGCAUGGAUCAAUUUGUGACUUCAAAGGUAUUUUGAAUGUGGUGGAGUCUGUCUUCUUGGAAUGUAAGAGAGUAGGGCUUGUGAGUAUUUCAAAUAUGGAAAGUGGUGCAAUAAGAACUUAUCCGACAGGUCAGAGCAUCGCUUUUGAUGGCCCUGGAAAGUUUCUUAUGAGCCAUGUUACUUUCAAUGUCAGGGGAAUUGAAAAGAAGAUGAGAGUGGGGAUUCAGCUAGAUGUCAAGGAGGAAGCGUCCUUUAUGCACUUGGAAGUAAACGACGUGUGUGAGGUCUUCUGCGGAGAAUUGUAUUCUCUUUAUUGUAAGGUUAUUAGGAGUCAUGGAUCAGGCGUUAAAGUUUAUUUUGAUUGCAGAGAGUUUAUAACUGAUAAGAAUUCAUUUAGCCUUGAGAUAUUGUUUCCAAGUGUUGGUAUUUACACACGCAGAGUCAUUCUGGAGACUCUGGGAUGUAUCGCAUAUAAGGAUGUGAAGUUUGUUGUUGUUCCGUCGUUUUCUAUAGACACAUUUAAUUACAAGCAUUGUCUUCCUUUGUUAUUCUUAAGGAUUGAAAGUCAUGGCAUUGAGUGUUCGAGAUUAAGAGCCUGCUCGAUGCUCAACGAUAACUUUGAGGUGGUUGGCGUGAAGGCUGUAGAUUCUUAUUUUUCUUAUAGGGAUUAUGCAGUUGAAUACUUCAGAAAGAACAUUGUUGGGUCCAGCGGCAGUCUUAGUGAGCUUCCAAAGGCCACUAGGGAAGAUCUGUUAUCGUCAGCAGAGACCCAGAAAGUACUGCAUGCCAUGUACAGGUCUCCUCCUGUUUCAUUAGAUCUACUUUUUGGUGAUCUGAUACCAGAAAUCAAGAAUGAAAUAGUUCUGUCGGGAAGAGGGAUCUACUCUGUAUGUGUGUUUCUUCGGGGGAAAAAGAGUCUGAAUGAACUACUAAAUUCAAAAAAUGAAAGCUUCAGCAAGAUUGAGGCAUCAUUGCCUAGCUCGGGAUCUAGGGCAGGCUUAGAAGAUUCAGCUGGCAGCUACAAUUCUUCCAUGAAGGACUUCCGGGGGAUUCCAAUGAAAAUAGAGAUUGAGGUAUCUCCAAAAAGAAUAUGCAUGUUCAUGUUGGAAGAGACAUUUGGAACGCUACUAUUCUCCAGAAAGAAGGGCGACGAGGCUGUGCCCAAAUCCAUGAAUCCAUUUGUUUACAUAACAUAUUCUUCAUCCAUCCUGGUAUACGAGCCUACAAUAAUAUAUCUGUGUAUUAGUAACUACUGUGAGCGCUGCACUCUAGAUGUUAGGAUAUUAUCUGAUACAAUAGCCAUAUGCAGUGAAGAUUCCACCUUUAGCGUUGAGAAGCUUUCGUUUUCUCUAUUUGAGAUACGAUGCAUGUUCAAAGAAAGAAAAAGGUAUGGAUCUGAUGAUAUCAAAAUGUCUAUGAAGACUGGAGACGAAGAGAUAGAUUAUGAAUGGCUAGUAGAGCUUCCAUUUGUUUUGUAA